AUGAUUGCAAGGGCGCUAGUGACUGCGCUGCUGUGGAGCGCGUGUGUCGCCGGUUUGGCGCCGCUCACUAUCUCCGCCGAUGAUGACUGCGCGUUGUACCUCACGGGCCCCGGACGUUCAUCAGCCUACGACUACAGUCUUAAUUUACUAAAAGGCAACUUUGGUUAUGAAGGCCAACACACCUGCAUUACUUAUGAAGCUAUCAACCAGGCGUACCUUGAAGCGAGGAACAGGAUUCUUGUGGCCCAGCCGAAGGGUGACUGGAAACCAGAAGACUUUGCGAGUGUCGGCGAACUGGUUUUGGAUAUCUCGAUUCAACUGGCAAGAACAUAUGGCCUGACAUACGAGGAGAUUGAGAAGGGGCUGCCUCUGAUUGACACAUCCCGUACAUUAAUCCGAGAAGUGUGUCCGCCCGUGUUUUCCCACGUGGAGUGCCGCGCGGGGAAGUACCGCCGACUCGACGGAUUAUGUAACAAUCUGCAGCAUCCCACAUGGGGCGCCACUAUGGCUCCAUUCCAAAGAUUAAUAGGGCCAUUAUUCUCUGAUGGCAUCAAUGCGCCUCGCAUCUCGCAUUCUGGCCGAGACCUGCCGCUGUCUCGUGUUGUAUCGCGAACUAUGCACCCGGAUGAAGGUUUUCACGAUCACGCCGGAACUGUCAUGGUCAUCGCUUGGGGACAAUUCAUGGACCACGACUAUACGCUUACUGGCACACCUCUUGACCCGAUUAACCGUAACGACCCCGAAGAAUGCUGCAAACGACCAUCACAUCUGAAACAUCCUUAUUGUAACGAGAUCAGAAUACCCGAAGAUGACUACUUCUACCGUCUCUUCGGUGUGAAGUGUAUGGACUUUGUGCGUGGUUUCCCCUCACCAAGACCGGGUUGCCGUCUAGGAUCGAGAAAUCCAUUCAACACUUUAACUGGCGUUAUAGACGGAAACACCGUAUAUGGAGUCACCGACAAGUUCUCUAGAAAACUGCGUACCGGAUAUGGCGGUCUAUUGAGAAUGAACCCCGUCUUUAAAGAGUACGGCCUUAAAGACCUGCUUCCACUAAAACUCGACAUUCCUGACGAAGGUUGCACCCGACCGAACAAAAACAUGUAUUGUUUUGAAGCUGGUGAGAUCCGUGUGAAUGAGCAGUUAGUGCUAACAGUAAUGCAUACAUUAAUGGCGCGUGAGCACAACCGAGUUGCAGAAGGCUUAGCAGCCGUUAACCCUCACUGGGAUGAUGAAACCCUUUUCCAAGAAGCCCGAAGAAUUAAUAUUGCUGAAAUACAACACAUUACGUACAACGAGUUCCUGCCAAUCUUACUAGGAAAGGACGUUAUGGAAAAAUUCGGUUUGGUGCUAGAGAAACAGGGUUAUUGGGAUGGUUAUGAUCCGGAAGUUAAUCCUGAUGUGCUCGCAUCGUUCGCUGCCGCUGCAUACCGAUUCGGACAUUCGUUAUUACCAACUGCUGUAGAGAGAUGGUCAAAAGCUCACAAGUUUAUUGCAUCAAAAAGGCUGUCCGAUCUCAUUCGUAGACCCUACGAUUUAUAUAGAGCUGGAGUUUUAGACGAAUACGUAAUGGGCUUAAUGAAUCAAGUAGCACAAGCUAUGGAUGAUUCCAUAACCCAAGAAGUUACAAACCAUCUCUUCAAGAAAGUAGGUGCGCGAUUCGGAAUGGACCUGGUGUCCUUAAACAUGCAAAGAGGACGUGAAUUCGGUCUGCCCGGUUACAUGGAGUUCAGGAAGUUCUGUGGGUUAUCCGGAGCUGAUACGUUCGAGGAUCUGUUCGGUUCAAUGCCUAACGAGACUGUACGAAAAUAUCAAACUAUAUUUGAACAUCCAAUCGACGUGGAUCUGUGGUCUGGUGGAGUAUCAGAGCGACCUCUCCCAGGCUCAAUGUUGGGACCCACUUUUGCUUGCAUUAUCGCUACACAGUUUUCUUACUCUAGACGUGGUGAUAGAUUCUGGUUUGAGCUGCCUAACCAACCUUCAUCUUUCACGCCCGAACAGCUAUCGGAAAUCAGGAAGUCUCGUCUUGCACGUGUCAUUUGCGACAACACCGAUAUUAUUGACACUGUUCAAUUAUAUCCUAUGGUUUUACCCGAUCACGAAUUAAAUCCGCGUGUUCCUUGUAGAAGUGGCAUUAUACCGCAAAUGGACUUUAGCAAAUGGGCGGACCCUGUUCCGUUUCACGGUCCGGCGAAACAAUUUGUAACUGAUGCAGUUACUACAACGCAAAAAAUUCAAAACACACUAUUAAAACAUUUAGAUAGUAUAAAUGCCAUCGAAAAUAGUGUAAAAUACCAAGACAGUGCUAAUAAUAACAACCUUGAAAAAGUUAUCUGUAAAAAUAUUACAUUAGAGUUAGACAUAGGGAAUGUAACGAACGUUCCUGUAAAUAAUGUUACCGCAAACUCAGUGCUAACACAAUCAAAGCAUGAUAAUGUAAAUAUGGAACCCUAUAUUAAUAAAACCAACGAUGAAUUCAAAACUUUAUUAGAUGAAAAAAAUCAAGAUACAAUAUUAAAAUAUGUUUAUAAGAAAAAUGACAAGGUAAACAAAACACAAAAGAUGAAUGGGCAUUUUCUAAAUAAAUUAAAAAGGAAGAAAAGGUCAGUAACUUCAGCCAAUAUAAAUAUCGCUAACGAAAAUAAAGCUCAUCCGGUACUUGUUGAUUAUGUGACAUCACAUCAAACAAAUGAUAGAAAAGAGUUACUAUUACCUAUAAUACAAACUAAAAACAAUGUACAAAGAUCUAAUUUAGCAGAUUAUAACAUUGAAACAUUACAUAGUGACGUUACAAAUCCUAUUAAUCUACGUAAAAAUCAUAAUCUCAAAUUCAAUAAAAUGAAUAAUCGUAAUGAAAGAGUAAAAGCUUUAAAUUUAUAUCCAGAUUCUAAAAAAAAUAGCAGUCAUGAUAAAGCUAAUCAAGAUGCUGUUAUUAAUAAACAUUACGCAGAAGGCGUUGUAAACACGGAGAAUAAACAUCAACUAAAAAACGAAGAAAAUUUUGACAAUUCUCUCGAAAACAAAAAAAAUCCAGAUUAUAUAAGCAAUAGCGAAAGUGUUGAAAAAGAUAUACUAAACACUUCAAAUAGUUCUUAUGAAAGUGAUGAAAUACGGGACAGGGACGAAAAAAAAUAUUUUAUGCCUUUACAACUUAAGAAAUACUCCAGUGUUGAAAAUCAGGACAACGAUACAUCUAUAGAGAGAAACAGUGAACAAGACCAAGAUAAUACAGAAGAAUCUAUUGAAUUGCAAGAAGACCAUCCAAAACAACAAGACUUCAAUCAUUUUAUUCGUGAUCAAAAACAUGUGAUAAAUGAACAGUUAGAACAUCCGAAGGACAUAAACGAUCGUACAUCUAAGUCUAACGAAGAGCCUGUAAAACCUCUAGAACAAUUUAAACCGAGCUUAUUUAAAAGCGACAGUGAUGAAAGUACGAAUACAGAAAGUAACGAGAGCUAUGCGGUUUCAGAUUCAAUAGAAGAGACAAAACAUAAACAAAAGGAAAAACAAACACACAUUAAUGACGAAGAAGUCAAACCUGUAGUAGAACUUAAUAUAGAGAGUAACGAAUCAAGUGAAGAAAUUCCUGAUGAGCUUAAUAAUUCAAACUCAAAAGGCAACGACGAACUGGUAUCUAUUACUAAUAAUAACUUCUAUGAAAGUAAUGACAGAAUAUCAUCACGGAGUGAUGACUUGGAUAAAAUAAAUGUAAAACAACAAUUUGAAAGAAUCCCUUUGGAUUACAAUCAUGCAAAAAAAGAAAAUAAAGACAACAAUUAUGAAAGUCAUAAAGCCAAGAUUCCUCAUAAUUUUGCAGAAACUCCAGAUAAUGUUAAAAGUAUAAAAGGUACAUUAGACACAUUAUCGCCAAAAGAACAUAAAUACGAUGAUAAGUUAAAUAUAAAAUUCCAUGACUUAACGAUAAAACUGCCUGAAAUAAAACUACCUGAAGAUAUUUUAGCUUACGCCUAUGAAGAACCUACGAAUGAGAAUGAUCUGCAUAAGGAUAACAAAAAAGAAAAAACAAUAUAUGAUGAUAAUGAUAAAAAUUCACACGAAAAUAAAAAUAACGAAGAAAAGUAUGAAUAUGAAUUUUAUAAACCUAAUACGGAAUAUGAUUACAGAAACAGAAAUGGGGAAAUAAAGAACAACGACCAGGAUGAAGAGGAUUUGUAUGACAAAUUUGUACGAGAAAGGUUUGGUAAGGACUCUUUAAGAAAACGAUUGGAAAAGAAUCAAAAACAUAAGCAAGAAUCAGGUGACGCAAAACUUCAAAAUAAAAUUAAAAACAUUCUUAAAAAGACUGAAGAUGUACAAAAACAAGCCGCACAAAGUGGAGAUCCUUAUGCUAAUUACAUGUGGACACUUGAAUAUGGAGAAAAUCUUUAA